AUGCCGCUAUCAUUCACGAGCUGGAGCGCCGUGUGCGUCGGCACGAAACGACGCACAAGGGGAAGAAGGGGCAUAGAGGGCCCUGUCGACGCCACAGACCCCGCCGCACUGCUAGCCCGAAUACCCUCCGACCGAGAACGGCACGCCAUCACGACGCAUUACCCAAGCCCCUCCAGACCAUCGACAGCCGAGCCUCCCGAAGCACAAGACUACAUGGCAGCUGCGCACCAGGCGGCGGACACCCAUCUUCUCCACAUGUCUCGAGGAAUACCGGCGCGAUUGGAUGCUGGGGCUGCGAGGACCCUGCGUGCGGACCACGGGUUCGUCGAGCCCUUCCGGCUGCAGGCGGACUCAACGCAGCAGGACCAGUGGACGCCGUGUGUUGAGUAUCUCGCCUUCGAAUGCUGCUGGCUCGAGAAGCUGGACGUGGCUGCUGGAAACUACAGGAAAAAAUCGAGUCGCGCGCCGGAAUACCAGACAGCUAGGGCCGAAGUAGACCAUCAGCAACGCAGGCUUGAUUGGGUUCGGUCUGAGAUAAGCAAUAUGGAGGCAGAGCUGAAGGCGGCGGGCAAGAGUGGUGGCAGCUGCUUGAAAAAGAAAGCCGAUAGCUGA